UGAAGAAAAAUGCUUAAGCUGAAGAAAGUGACGAAGUCCAGCAUCCGUUUGGGAUAUCCGGCCGGAAAGGAAGUGUCGAUCGAGACGGAGAAAAACUGGAAAAAGUUUUUCUUGAAAUAUGGACAGGACCUGGUCGAGAUCGACUUUGACUCGGAUAAAUUUGAAGUGAAGAUGAAUAGAUCCAUUUUUGAGACAAAACUUAACCAUCCUCAGAAACCUUGGACUGUGCUUAAAAGUGGUGGCUCUGGUGAGGACACUGCUCUUUUCAUAACCAAAAAAGGAUUGGUAGCUGCCCAAGAAUCUUCGGAUGUUAUUGAAGUGGAAGAUGGAGAAGAUUUGGACGAAGACAUGAUUGGUGAAAACGGAACGGUGGUUUAUUUUGUUCGAAACAAAGACCAUCGGAAAAUAAUCUCUUUGGACAACUUGAAAGAAGUUAAGAUAAGCGGACUUCAAAUAUCCAAUGGAGAAAUGAGUCUUGAAGGCGAAAAAUCACUAGAGGAAAAUUUUCAAGGUGUGGUACGUCCAGUUUAUGACAAAGAUGGUUCUGUAGUAAAUUUUCUGCUGAACGAUUCCUUGUUUUCUGUGGAAGGUGAAAAAAGUGACAUUAAAUUUGAUAGACGUUCAAUAGUGAAGAAAAUUUUUGUGAAUCAACAAAGAUUUUUCAUCAUUACGAGCCACGGAUUGUCUGUGUUUAAGAAGAAUGGAGAGGAUUUGAAUUUGGAAUUCGAUUGUCCCCAAUUUUCAGCCAUGCAAGGUUGGACAAGUAAAUAUUUGGAUAGAGUUUUUCUAGUUCAAACUGGGAAAGAUGAUGGGCCAGAAGCCUUAGUUGGAACAGGUCCUAAGGGUAUCGAGUUGCUGAAGCUAAGCAAAGAAUGUGCAAGUUAUAGUUUUGUUGACAAUGAGGAAGUAAGGGAUCUCGUAGCCUUGGAUGCUAGAUAUGAUAACAAUAAUGUGCUAGAAGUUUUGGGAACCUACGAUGGAUUUCUUUACAAAAUUGAGUUAACGCUUCACGAUAUCCCGGAGAAAACGUUUUCUGAACCACCGCAAAAGGCCAGAUCACAACCGGAAAUAAUCGAUGGAUUCAAGGCGAGUGAAAAAUUUAAAAUUACUGCUUUUUUAAACCAUUCAAAAUCCAUCCGAUGGAUGAGGGAUAGUUUCGAUGAGGCACCGUUCAAAAACAUCGUGAAUAAAGCUACCGGCCAGUUGCAGUUUUCCUUUGCUCUGAUCGAUCUUUCUGAUCGUAUGGGCGUCCCAAUUAAGUUAAUGACAUAUUAUGAUGAAAUGUUUAUGAAUCAUGAGACGAUCGGAGCCCUUGGCCGUGGUCUGGUUCUGGGUAAGGAUUGUAUUUGGGUCGAUAGACAUAGUAACGUACUUGAGGACCAACACGAGUAUUAUUUGGUUAAGGAUACGAUGAAAUUCCGACUUGUUGAAGAUUUUAGUCAAAGGUCCAACACCAAGAAGGUAUUCUACAUUAAUGGAUAUAAUAAAGUUCGGUUGGAGUACGACUUAGACAACCAGACAUGGGAAGCUGCUAACGGAAAAUACAAAUACCUUUAUGGGGGACCAAAUGGAGAGACACAAUUCGAGAAAAAGGUUGAAAAUUGGUUUGGAACGCUGGAUUUCGGCGUAACUGCGGAAACAAAACUGUUCCCAAUUCAGUGGAGCUUGCAAAAAAUUCAGCACGAAAGAAAUGCAGAAAUUCAAUUGGUUUUUAAAUAUAUCAGUCCAAGCGAUAAGAAACAAAUGUUCAACAUAGAAGAAAUCAAUGACAAUAAGGGUACCAAAAUUUCAUUUUUUUACGAAACACGGAAACAAAGCGAUUUGGCAAUCAACCUAAUGAAAGGCUUCAAAAUAGAAACACCUUAUUUUGAACAGACAAUCAUCAUAAACUAUGAACAAAAAAAUCAAGAUUUUUUCCUACACAGUAUCACCCAAGAUGGCGACCCAGAACCAAUUUUAUCGUUUGAAAGAAACUCGAUAAAUUCUAUAACCAGCGUCAGCCUUCCCUCCAGAACAAAAGUUGAGUUUGCAUAUGAAUCUCAAAAGUUGAAGCUGGACAAAUUCAUGCAAAGCUGGGAUCGGCUCGCCGAACUCUUUACUGGACCAGGAUAUUCUUUACAAAUAACCAAAUAUUCUUCGGAAAAAGAUCUAAAAGUAUGCUUAAAGGAUGGCUCCGGCUGGAAUAAACUGGUUGGGGAAAAAUGUUUCCGAAUUCAACAUCCCACUGCUAACAAAAUUGAGAUCUAUCAACCGUCUUUGAAGCCAGAUUAUUUUGUUAUAACGGUGACUUACAAACUGGACGAAUUAAAAAAUGACACAAUCUCCGCGAUGAAUGUGUUCAACAAAGUCGAUAAAAGCUGGACCCUAGAUUUGAACGAACAUGGAAGAACUACGCCAAAGAUCAACGAAACCAUUUCAAGUACUUUCUACGAUGAUCACUUCCUGUACGUUUUGGACAACAAACUUCACCUGGAGCUAUGGCAGCCGGAAGAACGCAAAUGGAAACUUCUUCAAACCCCAAUAGAAAAACCAAACGCGAUUUCUUUCAUCAAUCGUGGAGCUGUUCUAACGAAUUUGGAUCAUUUGUUAGUUCGUUGGGAUCCGAGAAAUGAUGUCAUCAAAAUAGACUCUCUGUCUUCGGCUGAAAUACAAGUCGAUGGCCAUGAAAGUUUUUUCAAGUACAUAACCGUCAAAGGAAAAGGCUCGGAAGAGUAUCAGUCAAAUUUGCGAGAUUUUUUCAACAACCACAGCAUUGUGUUUUGGAACAAUUUGCUAGCUAUUCGAACGGUUCAGGUGAAUGCCCUGGGAAAACUAUCGAUAGGGAUGUUUCUGUAUUUGUUCGGACCCAACUAUGAAGUGAAACAAAGGCAAUUCAUCUCGUGGGUGGCCGAAAAACUGGAAGACUUUGAGCUCUCGAUUCCGGUGACCGAUCCAGAUAAAUAUCCUAUCAGAUCAGAUUUAUACUUUUUCAAAUUCCAAAACAUCAACGGAAAGUACGAACUGAAAUACAUCAAGGCUACCGACUCGGACAACAAAACCAUCACUCCAUCGAGUGGGAUGCAGGCCCAAAUCGAACACAUGGAAAGUGGCUUGAUGCUACCGCUAGACUUCGAGAAAUAUGUAAUGCACGUAAACAACGAGGGCAUCAUCAUUGGAAACAAAAUCGUCUUCUUCGAUGGGAAACAAUUCCAAACCAAGGACGUGGACCGCGAAGAGUUGAAGUUAAACAAAAUAGAUUUGAAAAUUGGUAGACUGGCCACUCUGAAGAAAGCUAGCCAGAAAGAAAAUGUUAAGCUUUGUCGUCAAAGUUUUGACGAGUGUAUCAAUCUUGGAACGAAUCGAUUGCACAAUGUCACCGUAAGAUAUCCUUACUACGUGGUAUCUCAGAUAAAGGAGGAUCUCAAGGUCACUAAUCUGAAAAGCUUCGAGCAGCUAGAUUUCAAGAAUGAAAUCGCCCACGCUACAACCAGCGCUUUGGUACUGGUAACCACUGACGCUAAAGAUAAAACAGUUAAAGUGCGACCGGUUGCUACGAUUAAGAACAGUAGCUCGCAAAAGACAGUGAUUUUGGUUAAAAAUCAGAGGGCUGUGAGCGCAUCGGAGCCAUAUGAAGUCAAGUACGGUUAUGAAGAUCCGGUUUUACAGGGUGAUGAGGUGCGGUUUGAAAAUACUUACGUCUAUCCGGGGAAAAAAUUUGGCUACUUCCAGUACAACAUGAAUUCACUGAGGAAUGUACCGAGCGUUAGAGUUUUUGGAGCAGACAGAGAGGAAGUUGACCCAGAAUAUGUUAAACAUAUGGACGAGUUGGCGAAAGAGCAGGAUAAACAAAAGCAACCGGUACAGAGCGACCCAGAGAGAGUGUUGCUCGAUGCAAGUGAGCACUUUGCUAUGGUGAAUACUUCACCUUACAGUAAGCGGUUCAACGUAGUGGACUUUGUAGGAUUUGAAGAUUACGAAGUUAUGGAAGGUUGGACGAUUGGUGGAAAAGCUGUUAAAGGAGCCAAGGAAAUUGUACGAGAUGGGUUCUCUGGAACGGGUAGGAACUAUUUACGCUUGGAUGCUAACAAGGACCUCAAAAAGAUGUUUAAACAAGUAAUGUAUAACGACUACUUCAUUACAAGUGCUUGGGUCAGAACAGCUGAACAAAUUGAACUCAACAGUACCGUUGAUUGGUUUCAAAUAAAAGUCAAUAACAUUGUCUCAAACGGUGUUCUGAAACAGGUUGUAGACAAUUGGUUGUAUAUUGAAGCAGUGACAAAAUCGUUUGAAGUGCCUUCGACGUUCCAGGAGGAGAAUUUAGUUGAUGUUGAAGUUACAAUAAGUCCGAAAGCGGAACUUCAUGUGGAUCAUAUAAGGAUAUCACCAUUGAGCUUUAAUUUCGAAGCCAAAAUAUACGACAUUCGUUCGGCUCAGGUAAUAGAAUAUCUGCGGGUUAAUGGCAAAGUAUCGCAUUAUUUGUACGACAAAUACAGUCGUCGAAUUGCGGAAAUUGGUGAAGAUGGAUUGGUGAAAUAUUUUGCUAGCUAUUCUAAGCUACACAGUACAAAGUCUCCUUCAACCGAACUAAGUGAAGGUGUGUUCGGUUCUAGAAUUCAAAUCCGACCUGCGGAAGGUUUUGUAGAAACCUUCUCUCCGUACUCUAUCGAGAAGCGAUGGGACAUUACUGGGGUUACGGAGGCUCAAUCAACUCUAGGAGUUCUCAAGUUUAGUGGUAAACUGACCUUGCGAAAAAACCUUUCUGCACAACCUUUGGCGAUAAGGAUCGUUCGCGAAAUAAAUGAUGGAGAUCUAGAAGUUUUACUUUCUUCUGAGUCUAUAAAGAUACAGUCGAAUACAAUAGUUGUGGAUGGUGUUUCUACUCCAAUUGAACAAGCUUCAGAGUUGAUAAUACUAUCAACUUUAAAGUUCAGAACUGUGUGGAACAAUGGUCACAUUAUCUAUGAAAAAUUAAUUGAUAAACAAGAGCUCAAAGACGAAACUAUAGUGCUAUCGUUGAUAGGAAGCGAUACCAUCGUUAGAGAUUUGCUCGUUAUGGAUGAAGUGGAGCUUUUUGUUUCCUACCUGAAUCGUGCAUCAAAUCCAGUUCAAGAGAUUAUGCUGCAAGACUCUGGAACAAUUCAAAUUAGACAGCAUGUUUACGAUCAGCUUGAUCGACGCAUAGCGACUACAUUUUGGACUACUGUUCCUGUGGAAAAACUUGGAAAUAAGAGAAUUCUUCAAUAUCAACUAGAGUUUAUUAAGAACGACAACUUAAACAUCGAAAGUAGUUUCUUAAGUGUUGGUACCAUGACAGGCCUCGUUGAUGAAAAUAAUGAGAUCUACAGAGGUUAUCCCUAUUCACAAGAAGAGUACUAUAACAACCCAUUGACGAUUCGUAGGAGAGUUGGUCAACCAGGAGAACAAUAUUCCUUGAAGAAGGGAACUUUUCAUGAGUAUUUCUUCAACAGCUCGGUGUCCUUCAUCCAACUACACUAUCCACGAAGUGAAGGCUUCACCAAAGAACAGGAGAACAAACCAAAUGGACUGAUGCAAGUGACUGUAUUUAAUCAGCGAAACAACAAAGUAGCCGAAUUUACGCGACCCAAAACUUUUCAGGAUAUUUUGACAACUUACAUUUACAACGAUAAUGGAGAUCAAGUUCAAAUGCUUCCACCAAACUACUACACUGACAAAUACAAAGAUAAUAGAAUACAAAUGGCUCCAGAGAAGAAUGAGGUUGUCUCUCCAUGGGCAACUACUACAGUUUACGAUAAAAAAACGAACUUGACAACAAGCCGAACGACGCCUGAUGGAGGACGUGUAGAUUAUCUGUAUAAUGAGCACAAUCAGUUAAGAUAUCAACUUCACUACGACGAAAAUGCCAAAGUAGAUAAAAUUGCUUACUUCAACUAUAAUAUUUUUGGACGAAUCUGCGAAACGGGUAUUUUGGAGGCUGGAAGCAUCAACUUAGAUUCAAUAAAAAUGAGUUUAACCACCAAUGAAGCUCUAGGAGAUAACAAGAACGUGAUAUACUUCGAUUAUGGAGAAACGGGAGAAAAUUCGGCUCUUAGAGGAAGAAUGCAUCGCAUUGUUAAAAUUAAUAAUCAUAUAAAAUUUAAUGAAGAACAGAUCUUCGAUGUAGAAGGAAAUCUGCUUCGCAAAAGUUACAUCAACUCGGACACCAAUCAGCAGCUGUCGUUGGAAUAUAUUCGAGGGAAUGAUAAAAUUAAAGAAAUCUAUUAUCCUCAUUUGAUUGACGACGAACAGUUGGUUCUGAAGUACGAAUACAAUCUCAAGGGGGAGGUCACGAAGAUAUCCCGAAUCAAUUCGACAAUCAAUACCAUAAGCUAUCUACCGAUCGCUGAUAUUGAUCAUAAUGCUGAAGGAAGUGUAACUCGUAUCAAUCACUUGUAUGGCGACCAUAAAUUCUAUCAGACUUACCUUUAUGCUCCUCCUGGGUAUAUGGUGAAGAUAGAAAACGAAUUCCUAACAGAGACUAUCUAUUAUGACGAUAAAGGCUACGGAUUUAAGUUUACCGGUGAUGGAAAUAUUCUUCGGACGGAGUUCAAGGCGAUUUGGCACGAGAAAUGUAACAAAAAUUUGAUUCCUUUGAACGCUUGGGCUUUUGUAAACGAUGCGAUUGACCUGAACGUUGCGGAACUUUGCUUUAACGCACUUCUUCAGCGGGGUUACAUUGAUCAGGAUGGUCGUCCAGCUAAGACCUUUUAUCCCGAUCUAGAGCUGGAAAUGCCAAUCAAAUGUCUGAUUAACUGGAAGCAUCUUUCGGGCAGGAUGCUAGGAAAAGGGUUUCCAGAAAAAUAUGGCCACUCUUAUGCGUACGGAGGUCAUGGCGAGCUGGAGGCGGCCAAGACCUUUAUCGGGGAUGAAGGAGAACAACUGCUAGAGCCCAUCAAGAUUGAAUCGUUCCUUAAAGAUAGCGAUAAACAGCAGAAACUCAAAGAUAUUAAUCUGGCUAGAGACAUUGAGGAUUUAUUCACCACAGACAAUCUUAGCAUUGGUACGCUACAAACCCUUAUGUAUCGUGUUGUUUUUCACCUUAAACUUGGUGCUACUCAUAGUUCAAAUCUGUGUAGAGUGUGGUUCCAAACAAAAGCUGAACAACAGUAUUGCAUAUCUAAUUUUGAAAAACUUAUCAUACAAACAAAAGACAAUUUCAAGUACAAAGAUCUAUUGUCUGAUAAUCCUGCAUUGGAAACAUCCAUUUUAAAAUAUCUAAACGGUACACUACUAGUUGUGAUCGGAAAAUCUCCAGGCGACGUAGAAUCCCUCUCAAUCGACGCCAACGGUAAUCAUCAGCUUUUCUAUACCGGCUUCAAGCGCUUCCAGUUGACUUAUAAACCGUUCAAAAAUCAAAUUGAUCAAAUAAUGGAAGGAUUCCAAAAAACACCAAAAAUAAUAACUCACGAUAGCGAGGGUAACAUAGUUAAAGCUCUACACAAAAAUAUUGAAAGUCUCGAAUACGACCCGCUGACUCAACGUGUUUCUCGAAUCAUCAUGACCGACGGACGUGUUGUGGAACUCGGCUACGACUACCAGGGGGAGAGGAUUUUGAAAAGAGUUCGAAACGAUAUAGGUCAAACAGUUUCUGAGCUUUACUACAUUCGGGACAACAAAGGUCAACCAAUGGCCGAGUUUAGAAAAGAUUACCCGAAACCGGAUGAUCCAAAUAUGGUCGUCCAAACAACAACGGCCUACAUUCAUGGGCCGUUAGGGUUGGUUGGAUUCUUUCGGAACAACAAAUACUACAACGUUUUGCUAGAUCAUGAAGGUUCAACACGCUUGGUAAUUCAUAGGGGAAAAGUUGUAGCGGCUUACGAUUACCUUCCCUAUGGUCAGUUAAUCCGCAAAUUCGGUACUGACCCGGAAGCUCACAUAGCCUACCGAUACACUGGUCAGGAAUACGACGAAGAGACAGACCUCUACAACUACCACGCUCGUAUGUACGAUCCAGAUAUUGGACGCUUUUUCCAGAUCGACCCUGCCGAACAGUAUCCAAGCGCUUACAAAUACGCUGGCAAUUCUCCAGUGUCACAGGUAGAUCCUGACGGUCAAUUUGCGUUUCUCAUAGUACUUGCAAUUGCAGCUUUGGUCGGGGCUUAUUUAGGGGCAGCAACGGCAAAUAAUAGUUGGAAUCCCGCUAAUUGGGAUUGGAGCGAUAAGAAAACCUGGUUGGGAUUGUUUGUUGGAGCUAUCGUUGGAGCAUUUGCAGUGUAUGGAGGGGUCGGAGCUUUCGGAUAUUUUGCAGCACUGACUGGAUCAAUGGCCGCUGGAGUACUAUCAGUGGGAGCUAUAGCCGUGGUCGGAGCUUACCUGGGGGCUGCAGCAGCAUCUUAUGACUGGAAUCCUGCCAACUGGGACUGGACCUCACCUGCCGUUUGGAAUGGACUAUUUUCCGGAGCAGCAUCGGCCAUAAGCUUACCAACAGGAGCAGUUGGCGUCUACCGAACCUUUUAUUCGCUAGUAUCGGUCGUCACAAAAAUCAUCUACGCUGUUUCCAUCACUGCUGGAUUCGUACUUCUACUGUACGUGGGAGGUGCUUUAGCUAAUGAUUUUAAUUUCAACAUGGCAGAAUGGGAUUGGAAGAACCCCAAAACCUGGUUCGGUAUGUUGGAAACUGCUUCAGCCAUUACAAUAGCAGGUGGUGGUGCGAUCAAACAUGGAGCUGCCAAAGUACAUCACGUAGUGACUCCUGCCAAAACGAAGCUUUCCUGGUAUCGUUUUUAUACCGUUCCCAGAGAAUCCUACACCAUUAAAUACGUUGGUAAACAUCAAAGACCGUACUAUACGUCGUACAAAAAUGGUCAACGGGUGUUUGCUCAGUAUCUGAGUGGCAUGCCCGAUCUUCCAACGGUUGGAACCAUAUCCCGUGCUUUUGUGAAAGACGAUCGCAUGUUUGCGCAAGCCGUUGCGCUUGGGUUUCUGAUUUAUGGAAAAUAUCAGAAAUAUGAAAAUGUUUUCGAAACUAAAUAUGCUCUCCAAAAUGAAAGUAUCGAUACAUCUCUCGAGAGAAACAAAAGAUCAUAUGAUUAUGCAACCAGUUCCUCUAAUACUGUACAAAAUUGCAUUUCAUAUCUGUACAACUUGUUUUAUGCUACAGUAACGCCCGUCGUCAAUAUGAGUAGUCCUACCACCUUAAAUGAAACUUUGAUUAGCAUCCACAAACCAAUUUAUAACUCACCAUCAAAGAACAUGACAGCUUACUGUUACGGUGACCCAAAUCAGCCAAAUCGGGUUUACUGUAGCCAGCCAACGGCAACAAUCAAUGUUUUCGCUCAUCAGGCGGAAUUCGAUCCCAAUUUCUUCGGAAAGGCAACCUUCUCCCAUUGCGUUCCAGUCACGUGGUACGACCGCCCUGCUGUAACCUGUUCCAGCGAGCAGUCCACGUUCUUAUACGUAACUCACGUGGAGCAACUACGAGUAUUCGACAUGAUCGACGGUUGGUUACUCUUAGCUCGGGUGCUUCCGGCUGCCGUUAGGAAUAUAAAAUCAGGAAUAACCUACCUACGAAACAUUUUCGAACAAACCGACGUUAUGCCGGUGAAGAACCAUAAAGUCUCCAAACAAAGGCUUAUUAAAAAGCUAUCGGACUUCCGAAAGGUGUUGAAAAACGAACAUUCGGGCCGAAAUCAUUGGAUCCAGCCUUUGUUGAACGAUCUUGAGGAGGACAUUAUGGAGUUUUGCAAUGGAAAAGAUUCUUCAGAAAAAGUAUUCCAGUUGCUGCAGGAGCGGUUGGAGGCAAUUGCUGAUGACUUCUGGGAAGAUUUGGGAAUAUCAGUUCUAAGCACCACCCUUCCAGACCCGGUUCUGUCAAAUGAAUUCCAAAACAGUAAUUCUAUUUCGGAAUGUUCUAGAAACAAUAUCUUUACUCAUUUCAAUAACAAACCAACUUUGGGAUGGAAUGCUGCAUUGAAGCUGCUUCAAUUUAUAGGAAAGUAAAGAUAUAUCUAAGUAAGUUGAAAAAUAUUGUAUGUCUAAAAAGAUACCAUCUUUCAAA